UAUAAUAAGGUGCCAUAAUAAAUAGCAAACUAGCUAUUUAACCCUAACCCUAACUAACCCUUUGUUAAUAUUUGUUAAUUGUUACUAUGUCUAUUUGGCACAAGUUAAUAUUUUUUUUCCACUGACCACAGUGUCGCUGGUUGGGGUUAUGGAUAGGGUCGUGUGUUAGGGUUGGGUUAGGGUUAUGCAAACAACUAAUGUUUAAUUAAUGAUGAAAAACUAUUAACUUGUGCCAAAUUGAUAUUUUAGUAGUGAUAAACAAAUAUUGACAAUGGGUUAGGUAAUGAAUGAGUGUUACCUUAACUUCAGGACCGUAGACCAAAGUCCGGAUGGUUCAAUAUAGUCUCGCACUGUCUUGCUUGUCGACUACCCGUCUUAUCCAUUCAUGUUGCAGAAAUGACAGAAGAAGAAAUGUAUACCACGUACAAGGGUGUGUAUUUGCCCAAAGUGGUUCACUCCACAGAGAGCCUGAAAUACUACGAGGAGUUCUCUUUUCGUCCAGAUGACAUUCUUAUUGUAACUUAUCCGAAGUCAGGGACAACAUGGAUGCAGGAGAUAGUGCCUCUGAUCAUGAGCCAGGGAGACCCGGAACUGGUGGACACUGUGCCCAACUGGGACCGGGUACCCUGGUUGGAGGAAACCAGAGCAUGUGACCUUAACCUGGACCAGAGACCGUCCCCACGUGUCUUCAUUACUCACUUCAAGUACAACAUGAUGUCAACGGGCUUCUUCAAGGUCAAACCGAGGGUAAUUUAUGUGAUGAGGAACCCGAGGGAUGUAUUCACUUCGUAUUUUCACUUUAGUGGGAUGGCCUCCUACCUUGUUACACCAGGGACACAGACUGAAUUUCUCCACAAAUUCCUUGACGGAAAAGCAAUUUUCGGCUCGUGGUUCGAUCACGUGAAGGGCUGGAUUUCUGCUGCAGAACAGCAGCACAUCAUGUACAUCUCCUAUGAAGAGAUGAUCCUGGACCUGGAGGCCUCUGUGACCCGGAUUUCUCAGUUCUUGGACACACCUCUGGAUUCUGAGAUGAAAAGGAAGAUUGCAGAGCGAUGUGUGUUUAAGAAUAUGAAAAAGAACAAAAUGUCAAACUACUCCCUGGUCCCGAGUGAAUUGAUGGACCCGAAUGUGUCAGAGUUCCUCCGGAAAGGUAUUGCCGGAGACUGGAAGAAUCAUCUAACUGUAGCAGAGGCGGAUUACUUUGAUGAAUUUUACCGAAAGAAAAUGCAGGAUGUAAAAUACACAUUUGUUUGGGAUUAGAAAUAUAUUUAUUGUGUUAUCUAAAAUGGCCAAGGACAAAAGUAGCCAACCCAUUGAACAGUGCUAUCAUUAAUGAUCACAAUCAGAGUCUGAAAUUUGUUUUUGUAUAUUCAUUUGGUCUUGUCAUCUUAGUUAGGCUUCUUCAGAACAGGUGUAACAUAAUAGCUGUCUAAUAACUAUAAGGAAAUUGUUCCGUUUUUUCUCUCUAUGAAGUGUGUAACUUUCCUGGGACUAGCUGAGAAAAUAUUUGACUGACUUACUUGAUGAAUACAAACUGUGAUUUCAUUAAGGUCCAUUCAAAUUCUUGAAAUAAAUUAUAUCUCACAUAUAUGUCUCUUCCAAGUGUUUGGUCGAUGACACAUUCCAUAUCUGUAAAUAAAAGGUUAUAAUCUGAUAAUAAAAACUUGGGUUUCAACUAAUACAUCACAAAGCACAUAAAUGCUUGAUCAGAUGAAACAGCACCACUUUGCACUUUUGCUUAACUUUUGUUAAAAAAUAUUCUUUCAAACUUAACUAAUAUUGUGAACCAGGUCAGAUAUACAAUGAAUGUGAAUUGGUUUACGAAAGCGCAAUGACAAGCACACGCUAGAUAACCCAUCGUGGCAAAUCUUUAAGCUGCAGUUUAGCGCAGUGAAUACUAUAUUAUCAUCAGACAUGGGGAGAUUCUCGUUUAUACUACCUACUAUAAAAUGUUUUGUUUUAUGUA